AUGACGGUUCGCGGGCUCAAAGAAGUUCAGAGCUUGGCAUCAAAAUCAUUCAGACCUUACCAGCGGUCCCAUCGCAAAACGCUGCCGGCUCAACCUGGUUCUAAGCACUUCUGUUUGGCCGUCCCUUCACGCGCAGUAAGGCACGGCCCAGGACGCGUCCUUCGCGGCCACGUUCGCAGAACCGGGCUUAGCCAGCGCUACAGUACCCGAGCAGGCUUUAAGCCUGUAUCUCAUUACAAAACAAACAUUUUCGGCAGCGAUAGUAAAAAACAGCGCGCGCGCGCACAAAACCCAAACGAGCAGCAGAAAACCACUAUGCAAAAGUUCCUGAAUUUCACCUCCACCAUUCAAAACCAGCUGCUGCUGGUGUCGCUGCUGGAGCACCUCUGCCACAUGUACACCCACAACCCCGUGCACUCGCGCUGCUUGUUCCGAAUACUUCGUCAGGCUUUCACAAGAACAGGGUUCCUCUCUCCUUUUGCUUUCUGUGAUGAAUUUAGUACUGUAAGAUUGCAGCAUAAUAGAGCCAUUACUGAACUAAUGAAAGCAGCUAAUCGACAAAUACUUAAUGGGGAGCUUGAUGAUGGAGAUUCUCAUGCAAUCGGGGGAAAAGAAGUUCUCUUUGAAUCACAGACUUCACGAUACUUGAAUGAAUUUGAUGAGAUUGCAAGGCUAGGAAAAGGAGGAUAUGGUAAAGUAUACAAGGUGAGAAACAAAUUAGAUGGUCAGUCCUAUGCUAUUAAAAGAAUUAACAUUAAGAAGGCUACAAGAAGAGACUGCAUGAAGGUACUACGAGAAGUUAAAGUGCUGGCUGGGCUGCAGCAUCCUAAUAUUGUAGGCUAUCACACUGCUUGGAUGGAACAUAUUCAGUUAGUAUGUCCAAAAGAUAAAGCAAUAGUGAACUUGCAGUCGUUAUCUUUGGAACAAGAGAGUGGCAAUGAUCACUGUCACAUUCAGAGUGUGGAAAGUGAUAGUUCAAUUAUCUUUGCUGACCUUACCUCACAAGAAAAGAAGUCCCAUGAAAGUACCCGUCUUAAAAAUCUGGAUAAUGAAUCAGUGCAGAGUAUGGAUGUAAGGAAUGAUUUUACUAACAGCAAUGGUAAAGAAUAUUCAAAACCAAAUAAAUAUGAAUUACAAGAAGACUCUACAAGUAAUGUUGAAAGUAGAUCACAUGAUUUUAAAGAUCAUUCCUCGUGUGGACCUCAUUCUGGUCUGGAUAAAGAUAGUAGCUCUGAGAGCAAGUCCUGCACUGAAGAAAAAUCUCAGAAGGAUGUAGCUUUAUGUGGAGAGUUUGAGGUGGAGUAUCGAUUGAUGCUUUAUAUUCAAAUGCAGCUGUGUGAAAUCUCCUUGUGGGACUGGAUUGUUGACCGUAAUAAGAGAUGCGGCGAGAGAACAGGGGAAACUUACAGUCCGUACCAUCUGGUGGAUGUCAGCUGGACCAUGAAAAUUUUUCAAGAGUUGUUAGAAGGAGUAUACUAUAUCCACAGCAUGGGAGUGAUGCAUCGAGACAUUAAACCAAGAAAUAUCUUUCUAUAUGGAUCAGAUCAUCAUGUCAAAAUAGGAGACUUUGGAUUAGCCUGCAAAGACCUUCUUCGGGAUGAUGCAGACCGCUGGCUUGAGACAAAAAGGAUAAACGGACUGAUGCAUACUUCAGGAGUGGGUACUUGCCUCUAUGCCUCACCAGAACAAUUGCAGGGAUCUCACUAUGAUUUCAAGUCAGACAUGUAUAGUAUGGGUGUUAUCCUGCUAGAACUCUUCCAACCAUUUGGAACAGAAAUGGAAAGAACAGAAGUUCUCACACGUUUACGGAAUGACCACAUUCCUAAUGCUUUCUACAAAAAAUGGCCUAUUCAAGCCAAGUACAUUAAACUCCUAACCAGUAAGAUAUCUUCACAAAGACCAACUGCUGCUCAGCUUCGUGAAAGUGAACUGUUUCAUACCACAGAACAUGUUAUUUGUAACCUACAGCAGAAGGUGAGACAGCAAGAGGAAGAAAUUGAAAAACUGAAGGAAAAAAUAAGAUUGCUUUCUGAGGAACAAGAGGAACAUAAGAGACUUGGUUCUCCAGUUUAAGUAUCAGUCAGCUGUAAGAAGUAACCUCCCUUGUACAUUACAUUAUGUAAAACUUUUUUACAUAAAGAUAUUCCAGUACAUGUUGUCCUGUCUGUUUGUAAAAGCCAUUCUUCCUUUUGCCUCAGGUCAUAGGUCUCCAGUCAGUAAAAAGGAGUCAUCUUGCACUAUGGUACAAUUUAACUUGUGUAAAUACUCAAACGUUUCAAGUUACAGAGAAGAACAGAGUAAGGAAAAAGUUAGAAAUACAACAUU